AUGGAGCUCUUACCAGAGGGACAGAAAAACACCACCGAGGUCACCUGGGAGGACCAAAAGAAAAUCAACAGUUUCUCCACGCUGAUCUCCAAGAAAGACUCUCUCACAGUCGUAUAUGAGAAGAAUAAACAGGAGAAAGAGUACCUUGACGAUUUGACCUUGGAAUUGGAGUUGGUCGAUGAAGAUGACAAGUUAAGCUACAAAAUCGGAGACUCGUUCGUGCUACUAAAACAGUCGGAGAUCAUGGAAAGACUGGAAAAGGACCAGGAACUGCUGGACUCGAAAAUCAGCGAGUCGGAAUCCCAGAUCGACACUAUCGACCAAGAGCUCGCAAGCCUAAAAAAACAGCUUUAUGCAAAGUUUGGCAACGCUAUCAAUUUGGAAAAAUAA